AUGGACCUCGAAAAGGCUGAAGAAAUAAGAAUAUUACAGCUACAUGAAUUGGAAGAAUUCAAAAGAGAAGCAUAUGAGAAUGCAGUCAUCUAUAAGGAAAGGGCGAAGCAGUGGCAUGACAAGAACAUCAGGCAAAGAAUUUUUAGAGUGGGAGAUCAAGUGUUUUUAUACAAUUCCAGACUUAAACUGUUUCCAGGAAAGUUAAAAUUUAGAUGGUCCGGCCCUUUUACGUUCUUUCAGGUGUUUCCCUACGGCACAGUUGAAUUACACCAUCCAACAAAAGGAAACUUCAAAGUAAAUGAUCAACGUAUCAAGCACUACGUGAAAGAUUUUUUCACCGCUAGAGAGAGCAUUGACCUAGCCGUACCAUAA